CUCAACACGACAAACACAGAAGCAGCAGUUUCUCUGUAAAGGCAUUCCGAGGAUUCCUCGCGCUCCAUCCUCUCUACCUGUCCGACAGGUGUAGCCGGCUGUCGCGACUGACGCGCUCCGUGGCUGACGAGAGGAAGGCGGCUCUGACAGGGGGACAAUUCAUGGUCAUCUAUGGGUGAGUGUCUGCGGAGAGCUUGCCCAUGUCUGGAGUCGCUAUGGCAGAGGAUUUUCACCGACAAAAAGCCUCCUGGACCAGAAGGAGGAGGAAGUAACGAUGGUGGAAGAGGAGGAGGAGGACAGGUGAGGGACAGCAGCAGUGAAGGCGGCAGUGAGGAGAGCCCACCGAGCCCGGCACCGCAGGACAGGGUGCCCGAGAGCGGCGCCAUCUACACGGCGCUGUGGUCGUUUGAGGCCCGGCACACGGACGAGCUGUCCUUCCAGGAGGGGGACAUGUUCAGUGUUGUGGACCGCAACGGGGACUGGUGGAAAGCGCGAAGGAUCGACAAGAACGGGUGCAUCCUGGACACCGGGAUCGUGCCCAAAAACUACUUGGACCGGGCCGAGUCCCUGCAAAUGCAACCAUGGUUUUUUGGGACAAUGAACCGCUUUGAGGCCCAAGGCCACCUGAUGGCACCAGGAAAUGACAAUGGAGCUUUCCUCAUACGACACAGCGAGAAAGACAAAGUUGGAUACGUUCUUUCAGUGAGGUCAGCCAGUCGGGUGAAGCAUUUUAAGGUCCUCAGUACAGCUGACAAUAAUUUUUACGUGGAGCCUAACCAACAGUUCGACUCUCUGAUCGAUUUGGUGGAGCACUACUGUGUCAACAGCCUGAGCAACAGCGGCACACUGGGAAUCCCCUGCAAGAGGAAAAAACCCGCCACACAAGAUCUGAAUCAUUUUACAGUGGAUGAGUGGGAGCUCCCGAAAGAGGAGUUCACCCUGGAGGAGGAGCUGGGCAGCGGCUACUUCGCUGACGUCUACCGCGGACGCUGGAAGAACCACAUUAACGUCGCCAUCAAGAUCAUCAAAAGUGACUCAGAGUUGAACCACCGUGAGUUUCAGAGGGAAGUUCAGAUCCUGAAGAGUCUCCGCCAUCGUCACCUCAUCUCUCUGUUUGCUGUCUGCACGGCCUCAGCGCCUUACUACAUCAUCACUGAGCUGAUGGAGAAAGGCAGCCUGCUCAGCUUCCUCAGAAGUCCAGAGGGGCAGCGUCAAGAUGUUGCGUCACUCAUUGACAUGGGCGCUCAGGUGGCUGAUGGGAUGUCAUACUUGGAGGAGAAGAACAGCAUCCACAGAGAUUUGGCGGCACGAAAUGUCCUGGUGGGGGAGGACUACAUCUGUAAGGUGGCCGACUUUGGACUGGCCAGAGUGAUAAAGGAGCCGUUCUACAUCACAGAAGAUAAGAAGAUUCCCUAUAAGUGGAGCGCUCCUGAGGCCAUCAGACAUGGGAAGUUCUCCAACAAGUCAGACGUCUGGUCUUUCGGUGUCUUGCUCUAUGAGAUUAUCACAUAUGGAGGUGUUCCAUACCCAGCCUUUAGCACCCAGGAAGUGUACCAGCAGGUAACCAACGGCUACAGGAUGCCAGCUCCGACCAAAUGUCCCGACUUUCUCUACAAAAUAAUGCUGAAAUGCUGGAGCUUCGAGCCCGCCAACAGGCCAGAUUUCAAGUACCUCCGGCUCAAACUGGACAGCGCCUCCUAUGAGUUGGAUCCUGACUUGUCUGACAUGGCGCAGGGAUCGUGAUCAGUUUUUCACUGAGGACUCUUUUUUUAACAAACUGAUUUUACAGACUUUUGCAUGGAAAAACUUGUGAGUGUUUGCAGUCGGCAAACCUGCAAAGCCUGAUGUAUUUUGUUCCGUCCACUAGGGCUGCAACUAUCAAUUGUUUUUAUUAUCAGUUACUCUGAUAAAUUUUUUUUUGGAGCUGUAACCUUUUGAAACGAACUGGCAACAAUAUCUAUAAUCAAUAAGCCAUUUUAGCUGGGGGGUUUUUGGGGUAAACUCCAAUAAUUUCCUGUUUCCAGCCUGUACAAUGUGAGAAUUUGCAGGUUUAUUAAGUCCUCUGUGAAAAUAAAUUAAAAUAUCUUUGGUCCAUAUCCUUUUGGUUCACUGGUAAGACAAAAAGACAUUUAGAUAUUUCAUUUGAGCUCUAAACAAACUGUCAAGGACAGACCAAACAAUUAAUCAGUUAAGUGCACAGUAUGUAAUUUCUCCCUCUGCCGGUCUCUCGAUCAAAACAUUAACAAAGACGGACUUUGAUGACACCCUGAAAUAGCAUGGGAUUAUGGGAGUUCUUUUCUCCAGUGUUAAAUAACCAUUCAGAAACGCUUCUAAAUCUAUUUAAACAACCACCAGUGCCAAUGAAAAUCUAUCUGAUGUUUUAUUUGUGUUAUGUUUAGUCACCUUUAGUCCUCCAUGUUAAUGAAACUGUUAACUUGCUAACUUAUCAUUAGUAUUAAAUGAGUCAAUAACCUAUACACUGAAGGCUACAGCUACUAUAGCUAGCAAACCAGCUAGCAAACUGAAUAAUGGGGUGGCACAGUACUGUUAUCUGUGCUCAGAACAGGUCACAAAAUAACAACAAACUAGCCAAUCCAGGAAGCUCCCGUGCUUUGUAAGAUAUUUAUUUUUUUAGUUUUAGUAAUUUAGUAAUCUUUAUUUCGAACAUGCAAACAAAUGAAUAAAUAAAUAAAAGCAGAAGAAAACAAAACAGAAACAGUAUUUGUAACAAGAACAAGUGUAAAGCUACUGAAUUAGAAAAAUAAUGUAUAAAUAAAUAAGUAAUAAUAAUACAAAAGCAAACAAUUUACAAUACAAACAAAAAAACAAAAAAGGGGGGUCUUGCACGAAGUGGUCUUGCAUUUACAUGUCCGAAAAGGAGUGGGCUGAAGCAAAAACGUAUUUAAUCCCAUAUAUGUGUAUGUAUAUGUAUAUAUAUAUAUAUACAUACAUAUACUGUCAUAUUAAUUAUCAAUUUAACUAAUCUAAAUAUUUAAUUCAGAUAUUGAAAAACAAAACAAAAUCAAAACAGAUAGACAGUAACUCAGAAAAGAACAAAUAAAGUAAACAAAUACACAACACCCAGCUGUGAUCAAUCCCCUUCAUCCCUGUACCUCGUGAAAAUCAAAUUUUUGUACAUCUUCUUAAAACACUUCAUACUUGGACAUCCCUUGAUCUCCUCACUCAAACUGUUCCACCGCUUCACCCCACAAACAGAAAUACAAAAACUCUUCUUUGUUGUGCGCACCCUAUAAUUUUUGAAAUUAAAUAAACCCCUUAAAUUAUAACUCCCUUCUCUUUCAGUGAACAGUUUUGAAUAUUAUGUGGUAGUUGAUUAUUUUUUGCUUUGAAUAAUAUUUGUGCCGUUUGAAAGUCCACCAGAUCUGCGAAUCUGAGUAUUUCUGACUGUAGGAAUAAUAUAUUUGUAUGAUCCCGGUAACCAGCCUUGUGAAUAAUCCUUAUUGCUCUUUUUUGGAGGAUGAAUAAUGAAUGUAUUAUAUUUUUGUAAUUAUUGCCCCAUACCUCUGCACAGUAACUUAAAUAAGGUGAAACCAGUGAACAGUAAAGAAUCCAUAGUGAAUUGUGAUCUAGAAACUGUUUGGCUUUGUUUAAUAUUGCUAUACUUCUUGAUACUUGGAAUGUAUGGUUCUUAUAUGUGGUUUCCAACUGAGUUUUUCAUCAAUAGUUGUUCCAAGAAAUUUGAUUUCCUUAACUCUUUCUAUAAUAACCCCAUUUAUUUGAAUAAUUAUUUGUGUUUGUCUUGUUGUUACCAAAUAAUAUUACUUUGGAUUUGUUCAAGUUUAAUGAUAAUUUGUUACUGUUGAACCAUAUUUUUAAUUUACUUAUUUCUGUUGUGAUGUCCUGCAAUAAUUCCAUUAAAUUAUCUCCAGAAAAAAAGGAUAUUUGUGUCGCCAGUAAACAAGACAAAUUUCAUUACUUUGGAUACAUUACAUAUGUCAUUGAUAUAGAGUAUAAAAAACUUUGGUCCUAAGACUGACCCCUGGGGGACACCACAAGUUAUGUCCAAGCAUGAAGAGGAACAAUCUCCCAGCUUCACAAACGGUCUCCUGUUACUUAAGUAGCUUUUAACCCAGUUUAAAACUAUACCCCUGAUGCCAUACCGUACCAGUUUUUUUUAUUAAUAUGUCGUGAUUUAUUGUGUCAAAUGCUUUCCUUAAAUCAAUGAAUAUUCCAACUGCAGUUUUUUUCUGCUCUAUGGAAUUGGUGAUUUCUUCAAUUAAUUCUAAUAAAGCCAGUGAUGUUGA